AUGUCCGCUGGGCCUACGGUGAUCCGCAAGUCCAAGUCGGCCGGCGCCCGCUCCAACCAAGAGCUUGUCAAUUCGCUUCGCGAAAACUUUGUAGCCGCCAAACUCGACUACGCGACGUUUCCUCCCCAGACUAAUGGUCAUGCCCCUCCCCCGAUUCCUCCCUCAGUCGAAGUAUGGACGGACAAGACGACCACGGCCGACGCGGGCGACGCCAGCGACAAGAUCAUGAUCCCGCGCAUCAACUGGGACGGUGCGGGCUUACAGGACGAGGCGGGCCAGUAUGAAAUUACCGUUAAACUCUUCUUCCUGCCGCCAACCGCUGCCUCACAUGAUACGGCCAGCCUGACGGCCGAGCGCGCUCGCUAUAUUGAGGAUGCGCUGAGCCUGGUGACGCGCGAGCUCGGCGUUGCGACAAUUGACCUGCUCGUCGCCUCUUUCCCCGGCAUGUCAUUCGAGGGCACCUGCGAGUGGGAGGCGGAUAAGCGCAACGCGCAGCAGGGUAACCUGGACCAGGAGGUGGCGACGUGGCGCGUGCUGGAGACGUUGCAGCAGCAGGGCCGCGUCAAGCAGCUCGGCGUCGCCGAAUUUGGUAGCGAGAAGCUCGCCGCUUUUCUGGCCCGCACCACGGUCCGCCCCGCCGUCGAUCAGAUCAACCUCAAGGACUGCUGCAACGUGCCGCCGCCCCUGAAGCAGCUCGCCACUGAGCACAGCAUCGAGCUCAACGUCCACUCGGACUGCACAGACAUACUGCCCACUGGUACCCUACGACAGUUACUCGGCCACGGGCCCCAGGGCGCCGGCCUCCUGGCCGAUCCGGAGCACCCGGAUGAGCCUGGCUGGGAGGGCGAGAUUGUGCCACAGUGGGUGGUGAGGUAUGUGGCAUUUGUGCGGGAUCGUGGCGUCAUUGAGAACAAGGGUUACUUUGCCGGCGCCGAGCUGGUCAACUAA